AAUUUCCCAGGCUCGAGACAGUACACCACCUCUCUCAUUCUUCCGCCAACACAGAAAGUUGCAACAGACGGCGACAAGAUGGUUCGAAAAGCAAAACCCAGUCGGCGCAUGACCAAGCAAGGCCCGCCACCGAACCCCGACGAUUCGCUCCUUUCGAAGAAGAGAAAGUCUGCUGCGCCGGCCAAAUCCUCGAUCAAGAAGCAGCGGGUCGAGGCACCGGUCAACGGUUCUGCGAAGGCUUCGUCAAAGUCGGCGGGAAAACGAGUCCCCAAGGCCCGCUCCGAUGCCGCGCCGCAGAUUGUGAGCGGAAAGAAGACGCAGACGGUGCUCGACGGCUUCGAAGAUGGCUUUGAAGAGGACGGCGUCUCAGAUAUCAGUGGAGAUGCAAUAGACGACCCGGAUGUCAUGGAAGAUGAGCUGGAUGGCAUUGAAGAGGCGAAUUUGGACGACGUGAGCGACGACGAAUUACAAGACGAUGCAGACGAUUUCGACCUGGCACCCUCAGACGACGACGUUGUCGAUUCUGACCGAGAAAAUCAUGCCGGCGUAUGGUCUGAGGAUGACGACUCCGAUGCGGAAGAGGCGCUGAAUGCGGCCAACAUUGCAGGGCUCACGCAGAAACUGGACAACCAACGAGCGCAAGAGUUGAAAGACAACGAGGCAGAAUUGCAGAAAGAUGCGUUGCAAACGAAUAUUGCGGCUGAUUUGCCGCUGUCGGACGAUGAAGAGGGACAACAGAAGAGUCUGCUGGCUCCGGAUCUCCAACUCUUGCGGACGAGAAUCACCGAAACUGUGCGAGUGUUGACAAGCUUCAAAGAGCUCCACGAUCCUGCCCGGAGCCGAAACGACUACACGCAAUCUUUGUUGAAGGACAUUUGUGCCUACUACGGCUACUCCCCAUUCCUUGCGGCAAAGCUCUUCUCCCUCUUCCCUCCACAAGAGGCUCUCGCCUUUUUCGACAGCAACGAGUCUCCCCGUCCCAUGGUCAUUCGCACGAACACUCUCCGCACUGCACGCAGACAGCUCGCCCAAGCUCUCAUCAACCGUGGCGUGCAAUUGCAACCCGUCGGCAAGUGGUCAAAAGUUGGACUUCAAGUCUUUGAAUCCGCCGUUCCUCUCGGCGCUACACCCGAAUACCUCGCGGGCCACUACAUCCUUCAAGCCGCUUCUUCAUUCCUCCCCGUCAUGGCGCUCGCCCCGCAAGAACACGAACGAGUGCUCGACAUGACUGCUGCUCCCGGCGGCAAGACCACCCACAUGGCCGCGCUCAUGCGGAAUACAGGCUGCAUCUUCGCCAACGAUUCGAACAAGGACCGAGCAAAAGGUCUCAUCGGAAACAUCCACCGCCUUGGCGUCAAAAACACGAUAGUGUGCAAUUACAGCGCGCUGGAAUUCCCAAAGGUGAUGGGCGGCUUCGACAGAGUACUGUUGGAUGCGCCAUGCUCAGGCACCGGCGUCAUCGCCAAAGACGCAAGCGUCAAAACCAACAAGACUGAAGCAGACUUCCUGCGUCUCCCGCAUUUGCAGAAGCAGCUUCUCCUCGCCGCCAUCGACUCCGUUGACCACGCGAGCAAGACGGGCGGCUACAUCGUCUACUCCACUUGUUCAGUAACGGUGGAAGAAAACGAGCAAGUCGUGCAGUACGCGCUCAACAAGCGCCCCAACGUCCGCCUCGUCCCCACCGGCCUGGUCUUUGGCAAGGAAGGCUUCGUCAAAUAUGAGUCGAAGCGCUUCCAUCCCGCCAUGAAGGAGACGCGCCGCUACUAUCCUCACUCCUACAACGUGGAUGGCUUCUUCGUCGCAAAGUUAAAGAAGACAGGACCGACGCCGGCGGGUGCGGUGAAGCCGCAGGGUAGUGCGGAGGACAAGGCGCAGCAGAAUAAUGGGGCUAGCGUGGCUGUUGAAGAGAGCGAAGCGGAUGUGGAAGCGGAUGUGGAGGCCGGCGCGAAUGGAGAGGAGGAUGUGUUUGGCGGUUUCGACGACGAGGAAGACAACGAGAUCAUCGAUCGCGCGCUGCGGAAGCAGAUGCGGAGAAAGGGCAUCGAUCCGCGCGCGACGAAGAGCAGGGCCGUCAAGAGCCUCAGUCGAUAGUAGCAUUUCAUGUAUCUC